AUGAUAGCGAUGCAAAAUCAGCCUCCCUCUUUUGUCCAUCAACGUCAAAACCCCGAUAUCCUUGAAGGCAUCACGAACGUCAGUGCCGUUGCAUCAAGUAAUCGUAACACCUUUGCUCAUUCCUCCAACGCUUUUCACACCAAUGACAACUUCAUUGACACUAUCAUCCCUUUUCCCACCAUUCAAGGAAAUCCGAGUGAACAACAGUUGUUGGCUCGACGUCAGUCAGCAUUAGCCCAGUCGGCAUCGCGGCAGAAGUACCCCCUCCGGACCUCUGCCAGCAUGGAGACGUGCCGUCACAACAACUCAAUCCUAAAUCCGACCUCAACGUCAGCGACCCAACAACGUCUUUCCUCAUCGAACAAAAAUUGCAACAACGCUUCGAGUAGUAUUAAAAACGACAACAACGAUAGCAACACCGACCAUAAUAGCAUUAAUGUCAAAAAUAAAAAUAGGGAACGAGGCGGUAUCAUCGGUGGCAGAGUGUCCAUGGCCCGUGAGGCCAUAACCAGGUGGAGGAAUGAACAUUCCGAAAACCCAUCAAUGGAAGCAUCUAUAAACAUCCGAGAGUACAAGCUCGAGAAACCUUUGGUUUCCUGCGAUCAAGAUGAUGAACAGAAGGAAGACUACUUGGGUGCCUCAAAGUGGAGAUUCUUCACGAAAGCGAAAAAUGCUGUGCCGGACGGAGUAAGGCUCGAAAACAUUUCCUGGCGCCUGAUGGCAAUCGCCAGGAACAGAUCACUCAGGAGAGAAUCAAAUGAGGCCAUUUCCGAUCAAUUGAACCAUUUUACGGUCGCAGAUGAGAAGGAGGAUCCCAUUCGACGAAAUCGGUGUUCCGCCGCCGCAAACUCCAAGGGUUUGUCAAAGUUCACGGAGAUCACGAAAUCCCGUAUGUUGAAACUUGAAAACUCGGAACCUUCAAUAUUUGACGUGGAGAUGGACGAAAACUUUGCACAUCAAGAGAUCCCCGAUAACCUCAAUCGCUUGGCUCACGACAUGGAUCAAGAAAAAUUCGAGAUGUUCUUGGACGAACAGCAUCACCUGGUGGCAUCUCCAUCCGACACCAGCACAAGCAACACCGACGAUAACCUUUCCGCUUACGCAUCCUCACCCUCUCCCUCCGGUGAUUUUCCUUUUAACUUUGGUGCAACCGCCGAAGAAUUCCAUUCACAGUAUGCGAACGGUCGAAGAGGUUUCGCAAAUCCCGCAAAACCCCAGAGUCACAUGAUCCGCCCUGUGGCAAUACCACGACAAAACUUUGGCGGUCCGUUCAGUCCUCACGGCUCGUCGACGUUUAAGAAGCCAUCGAAACGACAAAACUUCAAACCAGUGUCACAACUCUCAAGCAUAACAAUACCGAAUGACACAGCCGACGAUUCGGACGUGGAUUCCGUGUCCUCAUCUGCCACGACCACCUCACCAAAUCAAUACGCGUUCAACACAUACGUCAAUUAUUCGACGAUGAGCUCCUCGGCUCCAACAUACCAAUUUCAAAACUUUGGUGACCUCGCGAGUCCCGACGGAAUGAACAAUCCAAAUCCCAUGCAGUACCAUCAGUCAACUGGUAGUACACCUCUGUCGCCGGCCGAUAACCCGGGAUAUUUCUACGGUCUAAAUAACGCCAACGGCAAUUCAUUCGAUCUGGUCAAAAUUUUUUGCCCUCAGUCCUUUGAACUGAUGCCGGCGGAUGGAAACAAGGAAAAAGGAACAAUAGAGUAUGGUCAAUCGUCAUCCUUGGGUGAUUGGGCGGGAGCAGGCGGCAGUGAAGACGGUGGGGAGGACGUUGGAACCGUUGGUAUCAAUAACAUCAACAACAAUAGUGCUGCAAAGACGAAAAGACAAUCAAUGUAUGGUUCAUCUGCAAGCGGUGUCGGACACGAGAACAAUUCGCCACUGGCAUCACCGUUAUUACAUAACGGUGAGGUCGCCGGUUUGAGCACACCUUCGUCGCACACGAUGGCGGGCAAGAGACCGAGGUCUUCUUCGCCAUCAACGGCAACGACAUCAACCCCAUCCUCGCCGUCAAUUCGCAAGGAUGGCCUGAACGGCGUCGGCAACAAUGGUAACGGCAGUGGCGGCGGUUCGUCGUCCAAGAGUGCAGUGCCAACGACAUGCACAAACUGUUAUACGCAAAAAACACCACUGUGGCGUCGUAACCCCGAGGGUCAACCUUUGUGUAACGCGUGCGGUUUGUUCCUGAAACUUCAUGGUAAGGUGAGACCGUUGAGCUUAAAGACGGACGUCAUCAAGAAACGUAAUCGCGGUGGAGCUGCGACGGCCGGUAAGAAUUCGACAAAGGGCGUCAAGGGUACGGUGCAACUUGGGGCCGGUGCGAGCAUGAGCGUCAUGGGCAAGAGGGUUUCGCAAUCAAAUUCGAUGACUUCACGAUCGCAUCUUGGAAACUCUUCAAACUCCGUUUCGGUAUUAUCAACGUCGGCACCCACGAACGCCCAAUUCACAUUCAACGCCAGUCAACACGUGAUGCCAAAGAGGCAGAGGAGAUUUUCGAGUGACGAACAACAAAUUUUGCUCGGCGGAGAUCAAUCGCAAGGUUACGGAUUGAUAAAGAGUCCCGUUGGUUCGCUCGCCUCUUCCAACGAUGCCCAACUGAUGAUGGCAAUGGCUUCCACCGCCCCCCCUCCUCACCCCAAUACCAACUCAUUCCAGCAAACACCGCCCUCCGCUCCGGCAGACGCGAUAACAUCAGGUAAAACCCAUUCACGGUAUCGGUCGCACACCACCUCAUCAGUGCUAUCAAAUGCCACAUCACAACCGUCAUCGAACGGCGUCGAUGGCGCAAACUCCGCAUCGUCGACGAGGUCUUCACAUUUUCAGAUCAAUCCACAGUUGAUGAUAUACGCCUGGCCCGACGGGCAAAUAGUGCAAUCACUGGCGGGUGAGGAGGAUGAUAUAAUUAUACCUUCGAAUGGCGGUUUCGGCGGGUCGGAUGCGGCUAUGGAUCUGGAUUCGAUGUUCAUUCUCUAG